GAUUCCAUAAAUCUAAACUUAGUAUUCGAUUCAUUUCAUUAUAUAUAACAGUUCAAGAAAAAAAAACCAUCUCAUCAGUAUAUAUCAUCAAUCAUGAAAAAAGUUUCUUUGUUGUGCUUAUGUUGCAUCACCAUCUUGGCAACAAGUUUAAGCUUCAAUGUAGUUUCAGCACACGAGAUAGCCGUGAAUGCGCCAAAUACGAUUAAAGAUAUAGAGUCAUACAUCUCUAACAGAGCCAUUGGGUUUGUUUUAAAGCUGGAAGAUGAGUGUCCGAUAAGAGAAAAGCUAAGAUCAUUCUUUGAGAAACUAAAGGAUCUCUUGAAGUUGGAGUCCUCUGUUACACCGAUGAUCGAAGAAAAUGAGCCCAAAACGUUCAUGUCCCAUAUGAAAUCGAAAGCCGAUAAUCUCCUCCAAACGAUGUUGAUGAUUGGGAGAGGACUGUUGAGUUCAAGUGUAAGGAAGGAGAUGUUUAAAGUGAUGAAAUCGCUCACUGAGUUACAUGCUGCGAUUGGUAAAGUUAUUACGGAGAAACAUAUAAAAGGGGACGAAUCAAUGUCACUUUCUUUGGAACAAAAGAACGCCGUCGAAAAUGCAGUAUCUCAAUGGGAAGUAACAAUCACCCGAAUCGUGGAGAUUGUUGUAGAAGUUAAGUCAAAAAGUUCAAGUGCGGCUUCAGGGGAAGAGAGCAGUAAUACUGGUCAAAACAGCACUUCGGUGAAUGAAACCACGUUGGAGUCAAAUAAAGGAAAUUCCGAGUCCAUGCAAGAAAAUUCAGAUAAUGUUAGUGAAAGCAAUGAAGAUUCCAAAAACGAUGUAGCAAUGAAGGCUAAAGAAGGCAAUAGAGUAGAAGAUGUUAAAGGAGAUGUGAAUAAUGAGAAGCAAUUAGAAGUUCAAGGAGGGAGUAUUGAUUCGAAUACUAAUACGAGCUUGGAUGCUAAAGAGGAUAUUAACUCAGAGGUCAAGGCUAAUACUGAUGGAAGUUCCAUUACUAAGAACUUGGAAGAAGCUAAAGGAAAUAGUGGAGUUUUAACAAAUGAUAAUAAUUUGGAGAACAAAGGGAGUGAGGUUACACUAAAUGAUGGAGAUCACACGAAGGAAAAUGGUGAAGAGACUCAAGAAAACAAUGGAGAAGUAGUGAUGAAUGAGAACUUAGAGAACAACAAAGAUAAUAAAGAAGUGAAGGAUGAUGGAUUGGUAGAGACUAAGAAAAAUCAUGAAACUUCUAUGGAAGAAAAUCGAGAACAUACUCAAAGAGGAACUGAAGUUUCUAUGAAUGAAGAAAACAUGCAUACCAAAAGUGGAAAUGCUGAUUCUAAUAAGGAGAAGGAAGUAGAGGUUCAAGGAGAAAAUAUUGGAGACUCUACUAAAGAUGUAAAUUUGGAGAAUAAAGAAGAUUUUAAAGGAGAUGCUAAUAGUGAGAAGAAAUUAGAAGUUCAAGGAGGAAACAAUGGAGAUUCACAAAUUAACAAGAAUUUAGAUACUAAAGAAGAUGUUAAGUCGGAGGUUGAUGCUAGAAAUGAUGGAAGUUCGAUGACUGAAGAGUCGGAAACUCAAGGAAAUGAUGAAGUUUCUACAAAGAAUACUAACUUGGAGAAUAAAGGAAGUGAGGCUACAUUAAAUGAUGAAUACCACACAAAAGAAAAUGGGAAAAAUACUCAAGAAAACAAUGCAGAACUAGUGAAUGAUGAGAACUUGGAGAAAAAUAAAGAUAAUAAAGAAGUGAAGGAUAAUGGAUUGGUGGAGACUAACACAGAUCAUGAAAAUUCUACGGAAAAAAAGCGAGAACAUAUUCAAGGAGGCACUGAAGUUUCUAUAAAUGAAAAAAAGAUGCAUACCAACAGUGGAAAUGCUGAUUCUAAUAAGGAGAAGGAAGUAGAGGUUCAAGGAGAAAGUAUUGGAAACACCACCAAAGAUCUAAAUUUAGAGAAUGAAGAAGACCUUAAAGGAGAUGCUAAUAGUGAGAAGCCAUUAGAGGUUCAAGAAGGAAGUAUUGGAGAUUCACACAUUAACAAGAAUUUGGAUACUAAAAAUGGUGUUAAGUCAGAGGUUGAUGCUAGAAAUGAUGGAAGUUCCAUGACUGAAUCGGAAGACACUAAAGGAAAUGGUCAAUUUUUUACAAAGGAUACUACCUUGGAGAAUAAAGAGAGUGAGGCUAGAAUAAAUGAUGAAGAUCACACAAAGGAAAAUGGGGAAGAGACUAAAGAAAAUAAUGGAGAACUAGUGAAAGAUGAAAACUUGGAGAACAACAAAGAUAAUAAAGAAGUGAAGGAUGAUGGUUUUGUAGAGACUAAGACAAAUCAUGAAAAUUCUACUGAAGAAAAGAGAGAACAUACUCAAGGAGGAACUGAAGUCUCUAUGAAUGGAGAAGUGAUGCCUACCAAAGGUGGAAAUGUAGAUUCUAAUAAGGAGAGUGAAGUAGAGUUUCAAGGAGAAAGUAUUGGGAACUCAACCAAAGAUAUAAAUUUGAAGGAUAAAGAAGAUGUUAAGUCGAAAGUAGAGACUAAUAAAAAUGAUGAAAGUUCCAUGAAGGAGAAGCAAAGAUAUUCUCAAGGAAAUGAUCGAGUUUCAACAAAAGAUCAAAACUUGGAGAGCAUAGGAGCACACAAAGAGACUAUGAAUCACAAAACAGUAGAGGCUAUGAAAAAUAAUGGAGAUCAGAUGAAGGAUAAGAGGGAAGAAAAUCAACAAAGAGAAUCAAUGAAGGAUGAGAACUCAGAGAACAAAGAGGAUAAAAAUGAAUUGAAGGACAAUGAAUUAGUAGAGACGAAGACAAGUAAUGAAAGUUCUGUAAAAGAAAACAAGGAAGAGGCUCAAGGAAGUAAUGAAGUUUCGAUGAAUGGUCAAAUGGAUUCCUUAGGUGCAAAUGUGGAUUCUAAUAAUAAGGAGGCUGUAGAGUUUAAAAAAAGACAUGUUGAAGACUCGAAUAAAGAUUCUAAACCUAAGGUAGAGGCAAUAAAAAAUGAAGGCAAUUCCAUGGAAGAGAAGGGAGAAGUGGCUGAAGGGAACAAUGGAGUUUCAACAGAGGAUAAGAACUUAGAGAACAUCGAAAGUGAACAAGAAUUAAAGAACAAUAUACCAGCAGAGACGAAGACCAACAAAGAAACUACUAUGGAAGAAAAUAAAGAGAAGGAUCAUGUAAACAAUGAUGAGUCCACAUAUGAUGGAAAUAAGAACGAGUCUAAAGAUGAUAAGUUGGACAAGACUAAGAAAAAUAAAAAAGAUCAUAUGGAUAAAAAGUGGCGAGAGGCUAAGGGAAAUGAAAAAAGUUUUAUGAGAGAACACCAAAAAGAGGUUAGUGUUGACAACAAAGGCGACAAGAAAGAGAUUAAGGAUGGAAAACCGCUGGAAGUUAAAGAAAAUAAGGAAAACAAAGAAGAAACUCAAAGAAACAGUAGUGGACAAUACACAAACGUAGACAAUAAAGAAGGUAAGGAUGACAAAUCAAAAGAGGCUAAAGAAAAUAAGGAAAGUUCUAACAAUAAAAUACAAGAAAAAGUGCAAGGAAGCGGUAGAGAUACAACUAAGGUAGACAGAAAAAAAGAUAGAAGCUCUAUAGAUAACAUGGACAUAGAGGUUCAAAAAGGAAGUGAAGAGUCAAUGAAAGAGGCAGAAAGAAAAGAGCAUGAAAAAAAUAAAUCUACGAAAAUUGAAAAAGAGGAAAAAAAGCAGAAAGAGCACGAAGAACACAAAUCCAAGAAGAAAGAAGAAGAGAAAAGGAAAGAGCAUGAAAAAAAUAAGUUGAAGGAAAAAAAGAAACAGAAAGAGCACGAAGAACACAUAUCCAAAAAGAAAGAAGAAGAGAAAAGAAAAGAGUACGAAAGAAACAAAUCAAAGAAAAAUGAAGAAGAGAAAAAAAAGCAGAAAGAGCACGAAGAACACAUAUCCAAAAAGAAGGAAGAAGAAAAAAGGAAAGAGCACGAAAGAAACAAAUUAAAGAAUGAAGAAGACAAAAAGAAGCAGAAAGAACACGAAGAACGCAUAUCCAAAAAGAAGGAAGAUGAGAAAAGGAAAGAGUACGAAAAAAACAAAUCGAAGAAAAAUGAAGAAGAUCGAAAGAAGCACAAAGAACACAUAUCCAAAAAGAAAGCAGAAGCGAAAAGGAAAGAGCAAGAAAAAAACAAAUCGAUGAAAAGUGAAGAAGAGAAAAAAAGGCAGAAAGAGUACGAAGAACACAUAUCCAAAAAGAAAGAAGAAAAUAAAAGGAUAGAGCACGAAAGAAACAAAUUGAUGAAUGGAGAAGAGAAAAAGAAGCAGAAAGAGCAUGAAGAACACAUAUCCAAAAAAAAGGAAGAAGAGAAAGAGAAUGAGCACGAGAAAAACAAAUCGAAGAAAAAUGAAGAAGAGAAAAAUAAGCAGAAAGAGCACCAAGAACACAUAUCCAGAAAGAAAGAAGAAGAGAAAAGGAUAGAGCACGAAAGAAACCAUCUGAAGAAUGAAGAAGACAAAAAGAAGCAGAAAGAGCACGAAGAACACAUAUCCAAAAAGAAAAAAGAAGAGAAAAUGAAAGAGCAGGAAAAUAACAAAUCAAAGAAAAAUGAAGAAGAGAAAAAGAAGCAAAAAGAGCAUGAAGAACAUACAUCCAAAAAGAAUGAAGAAAAGAAAAAGAAAAAGAAAAAGAAAGAGCACGAAAAAAAUAAAUCGAAGAAAAAUGAAGAAGAGAAAAAGAAGCAGAAAGAGCACAAUGAACACUUAUCUAAAAAGAAAGAAGAAGAGCAUAGGAUAGAGCAUGAAAGAAACAAAUUGAAGAAUGAAGAAGAGAAAAAGAAGCAGAAAGAGCACGAAGAACAUAUAUCCAAAAAUAUGGAAGAAAAGAAAAGGAAAGAGCACGAACAAAACAAAUCGAAGAAAAAUGAAGAAGAGAAAAAUAAGCAGAAAGAGAACGACGAACACAUGUCCAGAAAGAAAGAAGAAGAGAAAAGGAUAGAGCAUGAAAGAAACAAACUGAAGAAUGAAGAAGAGAAAAAGAAGCAUAAAGAGCACGAAGAACACAAAUCCAAAAAGAAAGAAGAAGAGAAAAAGAAAGAGCACGAAAGAAACAAAUUGAGAAAAAAUGAAGAAGAAAAUAAGAAGCAGAAAGAGCAUGAAAAACACAUAUCCCAAAAGAAAGAAGAAGAUAAAAGGAAAGAGCAUGAAGAACACACAUCCAAAAAGAAAGAAGAAGAGAAAAGAAAAGAGCACGAAAAAAACAAAGCCAAGAAAAAUGAAGAAGAGAAAAUGAAAGAGCACGAAAAAAAUAAAUCCAAGAAAAAUGAAGAUAAAAAGAGUGAGCAUGAACAAUACAAAUCUAAGAAAACGCACAAAGAAAACAAAUCCAAUAACAAUGAAGAAGAGGAAACGAAAAAGGGAGAAUAUGAAGAAACCAAAUCCAAGAAAAAUGAAGAACAAAAGAAGAGAGAACGUGAAGAAGAGAAAAAGAAAGAACAUGAAGAAAACAAAUUUAAAAAAGAAGAAGAAGAGAAAAAGAUGAAAAGAGACUACGAUAAUAACAAAUCUAAGCAAAAUAAAGAAGAUGAAAAAGAGAAGACCAAAGAAGACGUAAAAAUGUCUAAUGAUGAUAAAUCAAAAGAUCAUGAAAAAGAAAUGCUAGCAAAUGCUAAAGAAAAGAGUGAGGAAAGUGAAAAAGAAAUGCAAGCAGAGACUCUAUCAAGGAGUGAGGAAUCAGAUAAAGAAAUGCAAGCAGAUGCUCCAACAAAGAGUGAGGAAUCUGUAAAAGAAAUGCAAACAAAGACUCAUGCAAGGAGUGAAGAAUCUGAGAAAAAAAUACAAGCAGAGGCUCAAGCAAGGAGUGAAGAACAUGAGAAAAAUAUGCAAGCAGAAGCUCAAGCAAAAAGUGAGGUAUCUGAAAAAGAAACGCAAACAAAAGAUCAAGCAAAGAAUGAAGAACCAGAGAAAGAAAUGCAAGCAAAUGCUCACACUGAAAAUGAGGAAUCCGAGAAAGAAAUGCAAGCAGAAGCUCACGCAAGGAGUGAGGAAUCUGAAAAAGAAAUGCAAGAAGAAGCUCAAGUAAAGAGUGUUGAAUCUGAGAAAAGAAAGCACACAAAGGCUCAAGCAGAAAAUGAAGAUUCCUCGAUGAAAAAGCAAGAAGAAAUUCAAGAAACAAAUGUGGGUGAAAAGAAAGAUCAAGGUGAUCUUAAAGAGGAAGGUUCCGCAGAUGGCAAAACAACUGAAAUCAAAGAAGGUUCUAUAGAAGAAGACUCCAAAGAUGGUGAAACUGUUGAAAACAAUGGAGUUAAUGAAGAAGCCAUGGAAGAACAUUCCAAAGAUGGCAAGGUAGUUGAAACCAAUGGAGGUAAAGAAGAUUCCAUGGAAGAAGGUCCCAAAGAUGAAAAGUUAAUUAAAGAUAAUGAAAACACAACUGAAAUAAGUGGAGGCAAAAAUUCAACGGUGGGAGAUUCAUCUUCUGAUGAUGGUAAGAUAGUGGAAAACAAUGGUGGCAAAGAAGAUUCCCUGGAGGAAGGUGAAGAUGGUAAAACAGUUGAAAUGCAUGGAGGUAAAAAUUCCACUGAAGAAGUUUCUAAAGAUAGUACGACAGAAAUUAAUGGUGGUAAAGAAGAUUCAAUAGAAGAAAUCUCUAAGGAUGGUGAUAUAGAUGAAAUAAAUAGAGAUAAAGAAGAUUCCAUGAAGGAAGGUUCUGAAAAUGGUAAGACAGCUGAAAUCGAUGGAAGAAAAGAAGUUCCAAUAGAAGAAGGUUCUAAAGAUGGUAAGACACUUGAGAAUAAGAAUAGUACAGAAAGUUCGGUAGAGGAAGGUUCUAAAGAUAGUCAGACAGUAGAAGUCAAUGAAGGCCAAGAUAAAUCCAUGGAGAAAGGUAAUGGAAGUCAAGAAGUAACCAUGGAAGAAGGUUCAAAGGAUGGUAAUACAACUGAACUAAAUGGAAGUAAAGAUAACUCAAUGGAGGAAGGUUCCACAGAUGGUAAUACAGUUGAAACGGAUGGAGUCAAAGAAGAUUCCAUGAAAGAUAAGGCGACGGAGGUUCAAGGAAACAAUAAUAGCUCCACAAGUGAUACAUCAAUGGCGACAGAGGUUCAAGGACAUAAUAAUAGCUCCACAAGCGAUACAUCAACGGAUGUUAAAGGAGACAGCGCAUACAUCAAUGAAGAUUCUACAAAGAAUACAACACUGGAAGCUCAAGGUGGUAGUGCUGGAGGCUCAACGAAUGGUACAAUAGGAGAGACUACAAAGAGUAAUGAUUCCAUGAGCAACCAAAACGUGCAGCAUGUUGAAGGAGACAGCAUAGACAUCAAUGAAGAUUCUACAAAGAACAAGACAAUGGAAGCUCAAGGUGGAGGUGUUGGAGACUCAACGAAUGGUGAAAAAGAAGAGACUACAGAGAGUAAUGAUACUAUGAACAACCAAAACGUGCAGCAUGGAGAAAACAAUGCAAAUUCCACAAAUAACCAAACAUCAGAAAGUUCCUCAACGGAAAAAAAAGUGACAACAGAUAUCGAGAGCAGUACUUCAAAAGAAGUCACAAGUUUCAUAUCAAACCUUGAGCACAAAUCUCCAGGAACACAAGAGUUCCAGAGCUUCUUCCAGAAGCUUAAAGACUACAUGAAAUACGCAUGGCCAGUAUCUUCAACAUUUGAGGCAACGGACUCAAGAUCCUACAUGAGUGAGAUGACAAAUAUGGCAACAAAAGUCUCGGAUGCUAUGGCUGUCUUGCAAGCCAAGAAACUUGGGUCAGGACUGAUGAAAACAACACUACAAGGAUAUCAACAAGAGGUGAUGAAGACUCUUACCAUCUUGCAAUCGGUUUUGAGCAAAGCAGUAUCGGGACAACAAAGCCAGAACUCUGGUUCCUUGACGCUUACGUUAUCACAACAACAAGCAAUUAAGGAAAUAACUUUGAAAUGGGAACAAGUGAUGUCUCAGUUCGUAAGAGUUGCUACGGAGAGUGAGAAACAAUUUUCAAUGGAGACUUCCACUGGAAACGGCUUUCAUAUGAAAAAGAGUUUUAGCUCUAGCUCUAGCUCUAGUAGUAGCUCGAGUUCAAGUCCAGGUUUGGAUUUCAAUCUCAACAGUGAAAGUCCGGAGAUGGUGGAUGUUAAUAGUUAGAGAGUACAUUAUGUCGAUAACAAUAUGAUUAUGGUUCAUUAGAAUUUUACACUGUUGUAAAAUAAACCCCAGUCGCCUUGAGGUUUAGACUUUUAAUUCUAGGGUGGGUACAAUAUAGAUCGGAAUACAAAUUGUGAACUUGGGAUGUAAAUUUUUUCUCGUGGAUAUGCAAGUAAAUUAAGAAGCGGCAAUUACUCACUGAUACUAUGCAUGUAUAUAUAUACUUUUAGGACUUGGAUCAUUAUGCAUAUAUUUGUGUAUUUUGUUAGAGACAAAUUUUUGUU